UCCUGGCGCUGCACUCGGUGGCUCCUGGGCGGCUAGCGGGUCCCUGGCUCGGUGCCGCGGUGCUUGGCGGGACGCGGGCGGAGAAGAACCUCGGGGCUAGGGGGCGGGGCUUCAGAAGCCAAGAUGGCAGCGGUGACUGCACUCUCCUUGCGGCGCCGCUUUCCAGCCACCACCCUCGGCGGGGCAUGUCUGCAGGCCUGCAGAGGAACCCAGACAGCUGCAGCUGCAGCUCCUCGAAUCAAGAAAUUUGCUAUUUACAGAUGGGACCCCGACAAGGCUGGAGAUAAACCCCAUAUGCAAACUUAUGAAGUUGACUUGAAUAAAUGUGGCCCUAUGGUGUUGGAUGCUUUAAUCAAAAUUAAGAACGAAAUUGAUUCUACCUUGACCUUCCGAAGAUCAUGCAGAGAAGGUAUCUGUGGCUCUUGUGCAAUGAACAUCAAUGGAGGUAACACACUUGCUUGCACCCGAAGGAUUGACACCAACCUCAACAAAGUCUCCAAAAUCUACCCUCUUCCACAUAUGUAUGUGAUUAAGGAUCUUGUUCCUGAUUUGAGCAACUUCUAUGCUCAGUACAAGUCCAUUGAGCCAUAUUUGAAGAAGAAGGAUGAAUCCCAGGAAGGCAAACAGCAGUACCUGCAAUCCAUAGAAGAUCGGGAGAAACUGGACGGGCUUUAUGAGUGCAUCCUCUGUGCCUGUUGCAGUACCAGCUGCCCUAGCUAUUGGUGGAAUGGAGACAAAUACCUGGGCCCAGCAGUUCUUAUGCAGGCCUAUCGCUGGAUGAUCGAUUCCCGAGAUGAUUUCACUGAGGAGCGUCUGGCCAAACUACAAGACCCGUUCUCACUGUACCGCUGCCACACUAUCAUGAACUGCACAAAGACUUGUCCUAAGGGCCUGAAUCCAGGGAAAGCAAUUGCAGAAAUCAAGAAAAUGAUGGCAACUUAUAAGGAGAAGAAAGCUUCCGCUUAACUGUCACCGCAGCCAUACCGUGACUUGCAAUCAGCUCAGAGCUGAAUAUAAUUUAUAUCUAAUUUGAAUUCCUUCAGAAUUAUUGAUUUUCAUGAGCACUGCAUGUAUAAUAAAAAAUUUAAGAAAUAAAUGUUAUUCUACUUUACUAACAAAAAAGAA